UGUCAGGGGCCGGAAGAGACUGUGAGAGAUCAUCUGCUCCAGACUCUUUGUCAGAGCAGGUUCACCUAGAGCAGCUCCUACUGGAACACAUUCAGAUGCUGAAGUGAGCCAUCUCCUCUACCAGGCAGCUAUUCUUCACACAGUACUCCUUGAGCAUGUGUCAUGAAGCUUCUGUAGCUCAUGCAAUAAAUGGCUGAGACAGUAGAUACAAUAACAAGAGACGAAGAAGUGAUACAAAGUAACAGUGACAAUGAAGAACCAUUCUCAAAUCAGGAUGUUGUAAUGGCAUCUCCUGGUUGUUCUGCCAGUCCCUCAUUAACCGUCCUUAAUGAAGAUAAGGGAAAUUCAGCAAUGCCAGAAAGACUGUCCAGCCUCUCCAGCAAGGCUUUGGCCCAGGCAAAACUCUUGACUGGCCCAGAGAUGGCUAGCGGUGGCCAGGUACAGAGGAUAACUUCUGGGUUGAUUGAAUAUCAUCAGACAGCUGUAAAUGCAUCAUUAAGUUCCUCAUCCUGCCUAGUGGCAGCCAGUAACCUACAACCUUUGGACUUUGCUUUCUCAUGCUCCACAAGCCUCUCUUAUGAUGUUGAUGGGAGUUUGGAGGUGUUGCAGGUCCCAAGGGUGCCUGGUGACGCUCUGCAAGAUGCCACUUCCCUGCCUGGGAUGGACCUUGGGCCUUCCCACAUGCAGGAGGUAAGCAGUGGUGCCAAAGAUAAUACAGCCCCCUGUAGCCUGGGCCAUAUGAUGUGGAUGAAGACUACAAAAAUAAUGGAAACCUUAGAAAAUAAGAAAAAGGAGGAAAAAGAGAAGUACCGGCUCCAGCUGGCCAUGUACCGACGGCUCCUUCUCUUGCGCUCCAUCAGGAGCUUGCAUAAGCAGCUGGAGCAGCAGCAGGCCAGGUUGCAGGAAUGCUAUGGUAUGGUAAUAAAUACCAAGAAAGAAGUGCUGAAACACGUUCACUCAACCUCGCCCUCACCUUCACCAUAAUCAUGUUGCUGCAUGCAGAACUGAGCUUUGUAAUGCCACCAGACCCAUCACUAAGCUCGCGUGCCGUAGGGCUGGUGUCCUCAGACCCAAGAUUACAUGCCUACGUGUGCCAAGAGCAGAGAGGAAACAGCAGGAGAAUGAAGAAAAAAAAAUAUUAAAAAAGGAGGAAGAAAUAAAGUGUUGGCUCCUAAAUUUGUCUAGAGGAAACUGGAGCAAGAUUGUACCCGUGCAAGAAGCCACCUCAUGCGGGAGCUGAAAUAAGGAUUUGUGGCACAUAGGCUUGUAAAAAGAAAACAAUCCACAACUGGGAACCAAGUAAAGGUGAUCAGAUGCAAUGAUUGUUGCCUGCUGAACAUGUGACAUGGCAAAUGUCCUUUCAACUUUUCAGUACUAAGAGAACUUGAGCAGAAUUAGGGUUUGCCUGUGAUAUCUGUGUCUAGAAAGGUCAGUGUGCUUGAAAUG